GUGUGUGUGUGUGUGUGUGUGUGUGUGUGUGUGUGUGUGUGUGUGUGUGUGUGUGUGUGUGUGUGUGUGUGUGUUUGCUUCUUCUCAGUGUUACUAUGGGUGGCUAGUCGUCCCUCUCCUGUCCUCUCUUGACCUACCAAGUGACUGCCAUCUCCGCAAAAACCCCAGCCCCAGCAUCAGUCAUCCCCGGUGACUCACGCCGCCUCGAGUCAUGGCAGACGAGGACUACGGCCGCUAUGUGGACUGGGCCCAAAUGGGCGAGGGCUCGGCAGCCAGCGACAGCCCGAUGAAGGGCGACGGCAAGGUGGAUCCCCGCGAACUCAAGUCCCAGGCCCGCUCGGGCGCCUGGGCCAAGAGCCACAAGCAGCGGGCGCUGAUCUACCAGCAGCUGGUGCGCGCCAUCCCGUGCCGCACGGUCACGCCCGACGCGGAGGUGUACCGCGACCUGAUGGGCGACGGCGGGGGCAAGCCGCGCCAGGCCUCCUCCUUGCCCCUCCCGGACUUUGUGGACGGCACCACGGUGCCGCACUACUGCUUGAAAGCCGAGGCCAUGGGCCCGGCGCACGCCGUCAUCUCCUGCGUGGCGUCGCAGUUCCCCGACAUCUCCUACUGCCCGGCGCUGCCCGCCGUGGCCGCGCUGCUGCUGCACUUCAGCCCGGACGAGGCGCGCUGCUUCGAGUCCGUGAGCCGCAUGCUGGCCUGUAACGAGCCGGGCCGCCGCCUGCUGGACCAGACCUUCCUGGCCUACGAGUCCUCCUGCAUGACCUUCGGCGACCUCGCCCACAAGUACUGCCCCGCCGCCCACAAGCUGGUGGUGGCCACCGCCACCGACGUGCUGGAGGUCUACUCGGACUGGCAGCGCUGGGUGCUGGGCGACCUGCCCUUCGCGCACGCCGCCCGCGUCCUGGACGUGUAUCUGGUGGAGGGCUACAAGGUGCUGUACCGUGUGGCCCUAGCCCUGCUCAAGUUCUACCGCAAGCAGAAGACGGCAGCUAUGGGCGGCGGCGGCUCGGGGAAGCAGCCUGCCGUCCAGCAGCAGGAAUCGUCGGUGGUGCGGGACGACAUCCAGGCCUUCGUCAAGGGCAUCGGCUCCAGCGUCACGCCCGACAAGCUGCUGGAGAAGGCCUUCUCCAUACGCCUGUUCAGCCGCAAGGAGAUCACACUGCUGCAGCUGGCCAACGAGAAGUCACUGCAGCAGAAGGGCAUCACUGUCAAGCAGAAACGCUGUUCUCUCAGGAGACGUAAUGUGCAGCUAGCAGUCAACGCGGACAACUUCUCUUCGGAGAUCGUAAGUGCGAAAGAGAUCCGGGACAUCUGGUCGUGGAUCCCCGAGCGCUUCGCCCUGUGCCAACCCGAGCUCCUAUUCACCACCUCAACACACGGCUGCAGUCUCAACAGGUUCUACUCUCAUUGUGAAGGCCACGAGCCCACACUGCUUCUACUGCGGACCACAGGUGGAGAGGUGUGUGGAGCCUUCCUGUCCACUGACUGGGAGGAGCGGAAAAGAGGAGGGAAUAAGCUCAGCUUCUUUGGCACAGGGGAGUGCUUCGUCUUCAGACUGAAGCCAGAGAUGGAGCGUUUUGAGUGGGUGGUGAUCAAGCACCCCGAGCUGGCGUCGGGCGGCCAGGCCCAGAGUCUGGACCUGUUGGAUGACGAGCAGCCGCCCGACACGGAGGCCAACUCCAACCCUGACGCCAACAACAUGCACCACAACACGCUGCCAGUAGAGUCUGGCGGCCCCAACGGCGGCCUGUCGCCCUUCCUCUCUGCCCGACACUUCCACCUCAACUCCCGCAACACCUCCAUGUUUAUGGCCGGGAACUUUGACUCCAUCAUCAUCGGGGGCGGUGAGGGCAACGCGCUCUACAUCGACGCCGAGCUGAACCACGGGCGCUCUGCUCGCUGUGCCACCUUCGACAACCCCCCGCUCUGUGCCGAGACCUUCCAGGUGGCGCUGCUGGAGGUCUGGGGCUUCCAGGAUGCCAUGGCCGGCUAGGCACAAAGUCACCCUUGUUUGUACGUGUCCAUGCAGAAGAGACACGGAACCUAUAUUUGUAUGUGUCCACGCAGAGGCGAAACGGAAAAUGUGGUUGUGUCAAUUAUUGGUUUGCCAGGCUUCUGACAGUGCAGCUGUUGUUUUCAACCAAUCCGUCCAAUAUCAACAAACGUCUAUAUCAGUGUUCCAUGCUUAUUUUAUUUAAAGAAAAGAUCAAUAUCACAUUGUAAUAUUCACCAUGUAUACAUGUAUUUCUAACCCUGCUCUAUUACAACUCUGGCCUUAUCUGUACAGGGGCAGAACUCAAAUGGUUUGCAAAGCCAGCUAACUGAUUCCAUGAGUUUAUAGUGAGUGAUCUAUCAACUGGAUGUGUCUGUUGAUGCCUCAUAAGAUUUGGCCUCCUCCUCCCCCCCCCCCCUCCAUGUAGAAGUGACAUGGCAGCAAACAUCUUCUAGUAGAGUAAGAUAAAUCAAACCCUGAAUGCCCGAUGCAAAAGAGUGUGCUCAAGUUCGUUCUCCUAAGGGAGCGUUGUCCCCUCCUUCUUCUCUUUCUGUGGUGUUUGGUGGCGGCUUGCCUAAGGUGUGUGCAAGAUGUUACCGCCAUCUACAGCGCUAAGGGAACUCCAUUUAUUCUCAACCUAAAGUCUCCUAAAGGGGCGUUCACCUGAUGUCACAUGGGUCCCGGAAAAGUACGAGCUUGAUUUAUCUUAGUCUAAUAGAUGUUUGAUGGCAGUGUGAAAUUAUUGGAUGGGCAUGACCCAAAGGUCAUACAGUCUCAUGUUCCACAAAGACCACGCUUAUGAAUCCGUCCUGCUCAGUAUAUUUCAUAUCGUGAUGUAAAUAGUAGCUGUCCACUUUACCAAAGUUUCAUCUGGCUUUUUUUUUUUUACUUUAUGUCUGUCAGAACAUUUUACAAAGAAAGCUUCAGUUUUCCGUCUAGUGCUUUACAGACACAACAAGAAGUUUCCUCUGAAUUGUAAAUGCGAGAGUAAUUCUCUUGAUAUGUAUCUUGCCAUCUUUCGGUCAUCUGUGGUAGUCCAGUGAUCAACAAUGUGGUCGUAUUAACCCGCUCAGAGUUUACAAGCUCACUCCGUCCAGUGUGCUCCUCCUCUCAGGGGCCAGUUUCCUAAAAGCUUUAAAGUGCCACAGUCUUAAUAAAUAAAUAAAAAGGCCGAUAUCAUUAAUAGGUUUCUGAAAACCUAUUAGUUAAUAGAGUCUUUUAGAUUCUAUUAGUUUUACAGCACUAACAGAGAUUUAGGUAUACUGGUCUCGUGUGUUUGUGUGGUAGUCUUAAAUGUGAAAACGCUGUAGAUCAACUUUAAAUGUAGUGUUUUUUCAAAUGUUGUCAGGGCUUUUUUUUAUUUAUGUCUUAUGAUGUACCCAACGCUUGGGUUCUGGUGGUGAAAAAUCCAGCACUGAAGGCAAGACCCUGUGGAGAGUAAGAUUACGUGCAUAACUAGAUGCACAAAUGACUGGGGAUAACAUGUUUGCGUUCUCUCAUUAUAUUGGCACUUCCUGCGUCCGUCCAGAUGCGCUCUCGCUUGCAUAUCAGCCCAGCCAGUUUUGCACACUGUCCGCCACUCUGGUCACUCACCAGCAACGGCUGUUUCUCUUUACCCCUCACUGUGAACUUUUCCAGCGGUGUGGUACGCAGUCUUUGUACAUACAGCCCUCUGAACAUAAUGGCACCCCUUUGUUGUGUAGCUGUCUGACAGGUGUGUGAAAAUGUGAAUAAGUGUGUGUGUGUGUGUGUGUGUGUGUAUGUUUAGGUGUAUGUAUCUUUUUGUUAAGAUGGCUGUAGUUGCCAUGAAAAAAACUACUAUAGCGAGCAACACUAAACAACAGAGAAGAUGAUUGUCCAGAGUUAGGACUGAAAAAAAUUGAGCUAUAAUUAGCUACGAUAAGCACAAGAUGCAUUUGUGUGUGUGCGUGUUUGUGUGUGUGCGUGUGUGAGUGCGAGCGUGUUCACACCCUCCCAAUGUGUAAACUGGUUAAUCUGCUUGGUUCUCAUUGUGCUGAGCCUUUAGUCUAGCUGUGUGUCAAAGAAUGGCUGUAACUUGUUCUUUGACACCUUAUCUGAAUAUUCGUGUGAGUGUGUGUGGAUGGGCUGUGUUCUCCAGCAGUAAUGUGUUAAAAAAUAUAUGUAAUACUCAACUGUCACAUGCAGUAAAAAGAUGUAUUUAAAAAUGA